AGCAGCUCCAGUGGAAACUGCUGCAGUCAAGGAUCAAACGGCCAACAAGUGAUGAGCGGAGCUGGAGAGGUAGUCUGUGAAGGCUGGCUGCGAAAAUCACCUCCAGAGAAAAAGCUGCGGCGAUAUGCAUGGAAGAGACGUUGGUUUGUGUUGCGUAGCGGUCGGCUUAGCGGGGAGCCGGACGUCCUGCAAUACUACAAGAACCAGCAGUCCCGUCGGCCAAUCAGGACCAUCAACCUGAACCUGUGUGAACAGGUGGAUGCUGGCCUGUCGUUCACGAAGAAGGAGCUGGAGAACAGCUUCGUGUUUGACCUGAGGACUGAGGAGAGAACCUGGUACCUGGUGGCCGAGUCUGAGGAGGAGAUGAACCGCUGGGUGUCGUCAAUCUGCCUUCUGUGUGGUUUCAACCCAACUGAUGACAUCCCUGAGAGACCUCCUGUCUCUGUCUCGUCUUCCAUCACCACGAUAACUGCAACCGGUGGCACUGCCGCCGUCACCACGGUAACAGGGUCGGUCCCACCCCCCUACGACCCGGUGAGUGUGAGGCACCUGGAGCCUGAUGGCAGCAUAGAAGAAGACUACCUGUGGUUAUCGCACUGCCAGAGUCACAUCAGGCCUCCUUUAGGUUCCUCCACCUCUCUGGAAACUGACUACAGUGACAACCUCUACCCUCCUCCCUCCGCCACCUCCUCUUCCUCCUCCUCUUCUUCGUCUCCAUCCCUCGCCCAUCAUGCCUCUUCUUCCUCUGGCUUGAGGACAGCCCAUUGGACAGUUGCCACAAUGACAAGUCCUCUCAGUCAGUCUCUGGAUGCCAGCUUGACCCCUGACCCCCAGAAACGCGCUGGCAGGCUUCGAUGUCAUCCUUCCCCACAUCCCAGAAAGCACUCUUUAGAUUUCCACCUGCGUCCUGUGGCGAUACCUCUCGGUAAUGACACACCCUUUGGCAUGCAUUUAAAUCCACACUCAUACAUCGCCAGUGGUUACCAGAUCCCCCGUCCGGCAUCUACCCCUCUGUCACGCCCUCCUCACCGCCCAUCCUCUACUCCAAGUGUGGACUCUCUAACCCAGGCAGAACUACACGCCUCCACCCCGGCUCCUCCUCCACGCCCGCCAAAGCCCUCUGCCAUCACAGCCCAGGGAGAGAGCUCAGUUGUGGGAUCAGGUCUGGCCACACUCCCCCGAUCCACUUCAAAGUCAGAGAGGAGGGAUGGUUGUGUGGAGGGAGGAGGAGGCCUGCCAAGGUGUAACACUGUUGCUACAUCAGGACGCACACAGACAGGCUGUGAGUCUUUUUACAUCCCUCGCUCCCUUUCUGAGAGAGCGAGCAUUUUUGAGUUCAGCGAGAGCUUCAACAGCUACUUUUUUAAUAAAGGCAUGGUACCUCUGGGUAGUGUUUGUUCUGAAGAUGAUGAUGUGGACGAAAACUAUGUUCCUAUGAGCGCCGCCACCACUGAGCCUCCUGUUGCACCAAGGGUUCCUUCAGCGACCUCUGAUCACUCUGUCCAGGUCCAGGAUGGCAACUACGUCCCCAUGACUCCCCUCACCCCUGGCCCUCCCUCUCAUCCAACGGCUGCCACUGGUGACCUGGCGUCCCUGGGGAGGCAAGUGCCCCCACCUUCCCACAUGGGUUUCCGUAACUCCCCUCUGACUCCAGUCGCUCCCCUCACCCCGCCGCUCCGAAGGCACACCAUAAACACUGCCGGUGGGGCGGAGGUGGUUGCCAUGCCCCCUCCGAUCCACCGCAACCUGAAGCCACAACGCAGAGGAGUUUCUGUUAUUCAGCCUGCAGAGAGAACCGACGGCCACUCCGCCGGAGAGCCGACGCACAAAACGAGAGUGAAACCAGCUCCCCUGGACAUCCCUCCAAUGCAGCAAGACUGGCAGGAAGUCCCACCCCCUGUCCGCUCGCCUGUCACUCGAACCUUCACACGAGGUCCAUCCAGUGGUCGAUCAGUCAGGCCGACCUCAGCUCACAGCUCGUCACCCUCCUCUGAUUCAGAUGACCCUGAUGACAACUAUGUUGCCAUGACGACCUCCAACCUCAGCUUCAGCGCUGGGGAACAGUCUCUGAGACUUAUGCUGCACCGCACCUUAGAGGGUGGAAUCAACAGCCCGUUGCUACGGCGAGCCAGAGGCGACAAACAAGUGGAGUACUUGGACCUUGACCUCCACACUGGACGAUCAACAUCAGCAAGACAGAAACGCAGCACGGCAGAGGGUGGAACAGGCGAGAACAAGCAAGCGGGACCAGGCGAGGAGCGUGCACGUGGCGGGCGUACACGUGUGGACUACGUGGUGGUGGACCCCAAAAGGACCAAAGCCCUGAGGAACACCAGGGAAGCAUGGCAUGAUGGGAGGAUGUCCACGGAGAAGGAGAAAUGCUAGAGAUACACAAACAUACACAGACAAUCUGUUCAAAAUUAUUCUUAACCAGCUCUGAAGUUGUUACAGGAAAAAGUUAAAUACUUUGUUGAAAAGCAAUAAAUUACUCCCUGAGAAACGUGAUUACACUUAGAAGAGGUCG